GAAGUCUGCGCGUCUGGCCCUAGACGGCUGUGUGUGUGUAUGUAUGUGUAUCCAUGCGCGUGCGUUUGUGUAUGGUUGUGCAUAUAGUUGUCCGUGCGCGAGCGUGUAUUUAUAUAGAUCAAUCGGUCCGGGGAGAAGGUGUUGAAGUUUUGAACCGGUGUGUGCGGGUGUAUCAACCGCGGUCUUACUCUGCUUAGUGCACCAGUGUCCAAUUCCUGUACCGCUGCUUUCGUGCGGGUUCUUUCCACCCCGCCCCAACUCGGUUCUGGCUGGACUGCGCGUUCCUGUACCGUGGCACCGGCACUCGACGCACUCGUCAGCAGAAAAGGGGGUCGAAAUCUGACAGAGCUCCGACGGCACAGAUCAUGUUCCGCUGGCGGAAGGUGUUGAAUUGUCAGCAUGUUGCACCAGGAACCUACCGUACGAAAGAUCACACAUGCUAGGGAGACCUACGAUCCGGUGCGGUGUUUUUAUCGUCAAUUGAAAAGUUGAACUUUCCACGAUCACGGUCGCUUGACGUCACUCUACUUUUGCCUGAUCGGGAAUAAUCUAAAGACGUCUAUGUAUCGAUAUACCACCUUCCGUAAUGUUCAUGCUUGACAACUCGCUUAGGGAGCACAAUGAAAUGAAACAGUGAAACGUGAUGUAGUCCAAAAUUAGAUGACAACAGAUGCAUGAUUCGUUGCUUGCCUCUUGCUACUUGCCCAUUGAAGUAUAAGUGUGAAAGAUCUGGGGGAUCGUUUUAGUGCUAGUGUUGUGUGCGUGUGUUAAGUAGGACAAAUUUUGUGUGUUAGCUUCUUGUAGGCCACACCAGCCGGUGUGUUUCCUCGCGUUACCCGUGCUGGGCUGUUAGCAAAAAUAGAAAACAUUAUUGCCAUUUGCUGAUCGACGAAUAUCCCACCGGAAGUGAUCGCAUCGCCGCCCCGGCAAUGGCGGCCGUAAGGUGCAGAGUGGCGGCAUUGCUGCUGCUACUUCUAGCCGCCAUCGGUACGGAUGCAGCCAGGCAACAGCCAUCCAUCGUUGACAGUGAGACUGCACGUGACAGCGAUCUGGUGUUCGAAGAUGAAAAACCAUCGGGCUCAUCAAACUUUGAUAGGUUAAUGGAUAUUGAGAAUCAAGAAAAUCUCCGAUUAUUUGCCACUCACUCCAAGCCCACGUUUGAACAUUCCGAAGAACCGGUGGACAUUGCCGAACCGCUCGGUAGCUCAGAAUUGUCCUACACGGCGGACGACGUCGAGGAGUUCAAUGAAGACGACGAGGAAGCCGACAAUGAGGUGGCUCUACCGGACGAACCCGAACAGGACGAACAGAACCAAAGCUGGUUGAUGCGUAACGUGAAGCGUAUCAAGCGUAGCCUGGACAGUUUGUGGGGUAGUGCAACACCUUCCGAACCGAACGGUGAAGCUGAACACAAUGGUACGAAGCAGGGUAAGCACAAGAAGAAAGCAAGCACACUAGAAAAGCCACGGAAACCAAAAAACAAAAAGAAGCAGCUAACGAAGGAAGAGCGCCAGAAGAGACGCGAGCAGAAAGAACACGCUGCUGCCGCCGGUACGGUAUCGCAAACGACAACUACACAACGAUCCAGUUCCGGAACGGCUCACCAACAAUCGGUAGCUCACAAUGCGAUAUCACCGAUUGACGGAAAAUCGACCAAGUUCAUGGCUGCUCGUCCCAAGCGUCAGUACGAUACAACGUUCGACGACACCGAAGGCAGUGGUUUUGAAGGUUCCGGUGAAAAUGGUGCUGGUGAAGAGACUUGGACGUUCUACAAAAUGACGAUCACGCUGGACGAACCGUUCCAAAAGUCGAUGAACUAUCCAAAUUCCGAAAAGAUGCUGCACACCAGUAAACUAGUCAAGGAUCUGAUCGAUGAAGCACUAAGAACGGACUUUUUAGUUAUCGCCAAACGAUUUGAGCCGUACCCAUUGAACAAAGCACUAACGCUGGUAACACUCGAGCUGAAUGCCCCGAAGGACUUCAACUUGGAUGAGAUGGAGGACAGAAUACGUUCGCAGCUGCAGAGGGGCAACUACGAGCUGCGCCCCGACGGCCUUUCGCUGGUGCUUGCGGAUGAUGCUGAUUCCGACCUAGACGGUAAGGAUGAAAACAUACUCGAUCCGUUCCGGGAUUCAACGUUCCCUGGCCGCAUGGAUGAUGGUGAUGAAGAGGAAGACGAUGAAGAGGAUGAAGAGGACGACUUUGCCACCGAUCGACCGAUUGACGAGGCAGGACCGAAUGAGGAUGAGGUGGAACCAACCACCGAGGCUCAUUAUUUCGGUAGCGACAUUGAGCACACGGAAAUAACGGAUUUGUGCCGCGGAGAUGAUAAAGUGCGGUGCGGCAAAACGUCCGUGUACAUUUGUGCCGUCCAAUGGUGCGACAAUAUUACCGAUUGCCCGAAUGGCGAAGAUGAAAACGAGAGCGAGUGCCAAAAGUGCGGAAAGGACGAAUUUUCCUGUGAUAGAACCAGAUGUGUACCGCUUCAGAAGAAAUGUGAUGGCCAUCGUGACUGUAACGAUGGAGAGGAUGAAGCAAAUUGUAACAGGGGGUGUAAACCGAACCAAAUCGCUUGCCUUGACGGUGCUUGCAUCGAGCAGACGCAGCGUUGUGACCAUGUGCCAGAUUGUUCACGAGGCGAAGACGAACUUGACUGUGACGACGUUGCGCAGUGUGACGAGUCGAGUGAAUUCCUGUGCCGGGAGGAUAAUACCUGCAUCCUGACGGAUUCUUUAUGCGACGGACGAGCGGACUGUUCCGAUGGCGAGGAUGAACAAAACUGUGAAGGGUGCUCACCCUACGAGUUUCAGUGUCGGUGGGAUAAACAAUGCAUACCGCUAGAGAAGAAAUGUGACAGAGUGUAUGAUUGCUACGAUAAAACCGACGAGCAGGUUUGUGACUGCACCGUGCACGAGUUCCGGUGCGAUAAUGGAUACUGCAUUCCCAAGUAUCAACGUUGCGAUCGCGUGAACCAUUGCAACGAUCGAUCGGAUGAACGGGGCUGUAACGAUACAAUCGAAAAUCAAUGCAACGACGAAGAGUUUCUUUGUAAUAAUGGCCGUUGCAUUCCAAAGGAUUACACCUGUAACGAUAUGGACGAUUGUGGUGACAAUUCUGAUGAGUACUCAGCAUUGUGUGGGGAUAGUACCUGUAUGCCGGACGAGUUGACUUGCUACGACGGUGGCUGCGUUUCGAAUGCGGUCAAGUGCGAUGGACAUAACGAUUGCUCAGACGGUACCGACGAAAUGGGAUGCGAUGCCUCAAAUAACCCACCGAUCAAAUCACUAGGCCGCUGUGCCCAUGGCCAGUUUGAAUGUAACGACGGCAUAUGUAUUGCGGAUUACAAACACUGCAACGGUAUCGUUGACUGCCACGAUGAAUCUGACGAAACUGGCUGCAAUCCUGAUGCGUGUAGCCCCGACGAGUUCUCGUGCGAUGGCCAAUGUUACGAGAUGCAGGCCUUCUGCAACGGUAUACCCGAUUGUAUGGAUGGCAGUGAUGAGCAAAACUGUAUCAUCUGCUAUGGUGAUGCGUUCCAUUGCAAGAGCAAACAAUGUAUUCUAGCGGAGCACUAUUGUGACGGGGAACCCCACUGUAGCGACGGUAGUGACGAGCUUGACUGUAAAAACACUACGAUCUGCAAUCAGUACGAGUGGCAGUGUAGAAAUGGCUUUUGCAUAAACAAGGAUUUCCGCUGCGAUCAGGCAUACGAUUGCACGGAUAACUCUGACGAGGAGGGCUGUGAUCAUCAAGAAACCCCCAGUGAUCCAUGCCGCGAGGACGAGAUCUACUGCGAUAACAGAUGCCUCGAGGACAAUCGUAGAUGCGAUGGACAUGAGGAUUGUUCGGACGGAACGGACGAGCACGGUUGUCCAAGUUUACCGGAGGAGCGCUGUGAAGAACUGCAAUGUCCCGAUGGUAAUUGUUUCCGUCAUUCGCAGCGAUGCGAUGGGGUACGGAACUGUGACGAUGCAUAUGACGAGCAGAAUUGUCCUUGCCGAUCGAAUGAAUUUACCUGUGGAGAUGGUUUCUGCAUACCCAACCACCAAGUGUGCAACAGACGGACUGACUGUGCGGAUGGAUCGGAUGAGCGAAACUGUUCUUGUGCAAGAGACGAGUUCCGUUGUGGUACUGGCCAAUGUAUCGAUAAUAAUCGUCGCUGCGAUCAGCGUAUCGAUUGUGUCGAUGGAUCCGAUGAAAGAGAUUGCAGGCCGGUUGCCUGUAGAUCCAACGAAUGGAAAUGCCAUGAUGGUCAGUGCAUCCGACACGAUCAACGGUGCGAUCGUCGGUACGAUUGUGCAGAUCGUAGUGAUGAGUUGAGUUGCUAUAGCUGCGGUCCGAACAAAUUCCGAUGCGAGAAUGGUCCUUGCAUUGCAAUGGCGUUGAAAUGUAACGGAAGGGUAGACUGUCCGUAUGAUACUAGCGAUGAGCUUGAUUGUACCGCUGAAAGCCAAUAUGUCCCUCCGCCACCGUUCGAUCCACCAAGACUGAACCUAAGGACCUAUCCCGAUGAACAAACGAUCAAAGAAAAGGAAAUUGUGGAGGGCAACGAGGUCGUCUUCCAGUGUCGUGAUGAGGGCCCAAUGCACGCCAAGGUUAGGUGGGUUCGUGGCAACGGUCAACCUUUACCACCCGGCACGCGAGACAUGAACGGUCGUCUGGAAAUACCAAACAUUCGGAUCGAUCACAAUGGUGAAUACGUUUGUGAGGCUGUCGGCUACUCAAAAUCAACACCCGGAAGCACCAAGACGGUACACCUGACUGUUGAACGAUACAACUACCAACGACCACCGACAGCGUGCGCGGUUAAUGAAGCAACCUGCAUGAACGGAGACUGCAUUCUAAAGACACAAAUAUGCGAUGGCAAUCGUGACUGUAACGAUGGGUCCGAUGAGACGGGUUGCAGCCCGUACCAACAGUGCGAACCGAACCAGUUCAAAUGUCGCAACAGUAAGUGUGUGCUCAAGACCUGGCUGUGCGAUGGUGAACAGGACUGUGGAGAUGGUUCGGAUGAGGAAAACUGUGCCACGCUAUCGCCCGAAGCACCCUGCCGAUAUGACGAGUUUCAGUGCCGAACGGGACAAUGCAUUCCGAAGUCAUUCCAGUGCGAUACGCACCCUGACUGUCAGGACAAAUCGGACGAAGUUGGCUGCAUGUCUCCAUCGGUGAUUCAGCCACCACCACCAUCACUAACAAUUCCGGCCGGUGGUAUUCUCAACAUUACGUGCCGUGCUACCGGAGUUCCAGUGCCGUUGAUCGUAUGGCGGCUAAAUUGGGGACACGUACCACAAAAGUGUAAAUCGCGCAGCGACCAAGGUUUAGGUCGGUUAACCUGCGAAGAUAUGCAGCCUAUCGAUUCCGGUGCGUACUCGUGCGAGAUCAUCAACACGAUGGGCACGCACUUCGUAUCACCUGACACAAUCGUCAUCGUAACUGGCAGUGGUCCUGUAUGCCAGCAGGGCACCUUCAACAACAAGGCACGCAAUCCCGCUGACUGUAUCAACUGCUUCUGCUUUGGUGUAUCGACCACUUGCAGCAGUGCCGAUUUGUACACGUACGCUCUAAAGCCACCAGUAUCAUCCCUGACGAUCGUCGGUGUUGAAGGACCGUGGACUGGACGAAGGGAGUUGAUGAUAGGCGAGUUCGAGAAUCACAAUCUCACGGCACAGCGCCAUGGCGUUCAACUGCGCCUAACGAAUCUUGUACCGGGCCGUCGCGUUCCGUACUAUUCCCUUCCGGAGGAAUAUAAGGGCAAUCAGCUCAAAUCGUACGGUGGAUCCAUUCGCUAUGAUGUCGAGUAUGAUGGCACCGGCCGACCUGUGAAUGCUCCAGACGUAAUACUUAAGGGUAAUGGAAUGACCUUGGUACACUGGCAUAGUGGCACGUUCUAUCCGGACAUUAAGAAUCAUGUUUCCGUCAGCUUGCUUCCGAGCAACUGGCAGCGUGCGGAUCGUACACCAGCUAGCCGGGAGGAUAUUAUGAUGGUGCUGGCCAGCAUCGAAAGCAUUCUGAUACGUAUGCAGUAUGUCGAUGGAAUCGAACGGAACAUUGAGUUGGUGAAUGUAAUGAUGGACUCAGCCGCACAUGACGACCGUGGACUUGGCUCAGCAUCAUUGGUUGAAGAGUGUCGCUGUCCGCCCGGAUAUCGGGGACUUUCGUGCGAGAGUUGUGAGCAUGGUUAUGUGCGUCAGAGCAGUGGACCAUGGUUAGGACGCUGUGUACCACGAGCGGAAGAAUGUCGUCCCGGAUAUUUUGGAGAUCCAAACCGAGGCAUUCCUUGCUCACCGUGCCCAUGUCCGGUUGCUGGUGACAAGUCAAGAGCCCGCUCCUGCUACCUGGACAACCGGGACAAUGUGGUGUGCAAGUGUGAUCGUGGAUAUGCAGGCGAACGGUGCAUGGAAUGUGACGUAGGUUAUGUUGGGAAUCCGCUCGGCGAAGGAUGCUUCCCAAGGCCCCCUACCAACUGCAACUCGCUGGGAACGGAACGCGUUGGCUCGGAUGGCCGGUGUUAUUGCAAGUCUGGUAUAGAGGGAGCGUACUGCGACCGUUGUGAUAACCAACACUUUUAUCUGCACGAAAAGGGCUGUAUCGAUUGCUUCUGCAUGGGCGUUGUUGAUCAGUGCACCAGCACGACUUGGACGCGCGAUACCAUUCAAGCUUCGUUUGCUGACGGACGGUCAGGAUUUUCGCUUAUUUCGGACUACAACAAACCAUCGGUUAUUGCGCUCGCAUUGCCCAUUUCGAACAGAGAGAUCGUGUAUCGUAGCUUUGGCGCCAGUGAUGACACCUUCUAUUGGAGACUUCCGACUCAGUUCUUGGGUAAUAAGCUUACGUCGUUUGGUGGUUCUUUGAACUACACUUUGCGCUAUACUCCACACUCAUCUGGUGGUGUUUCGCGCAACAAUUCUCCAGACGUCGUACUGCACAGCAGUAACAAAAUUAAGCUACAUCACUACCGAAACAACAACGGCAUCUCACCGUACGGCUCAAGCACACAUUCGGUUGCGAUCGAAGAGGAUGAGUGGCAAAAUUAUGAGGACGGCAACACAGUCACCCGCGAGUAUCUGCUUAUGGCACUAGCGAACGUUAGUGAUAUCUUCAUCAAGGCAACGUACAACACGGUUUCGAAUGAAGCAGCUCUUUCCCACGUCAGUCUAGACAUUGCCAGAGAUACACCGUACGGCAGUGGCGUUCGUGCCUGGCCCGUCGAGCAGUGUCAGUGCCCGGUCGGUUUCAUUGGCCUGUCGUGUGAAGACUGUGCGCCCGGAUACUUCAAGGGAGAGCAAGGCAUUUAUCUCGGACUGUGUGAGCCAUGCGCUUGCAAUGGACAUUCGUCAGAGUGCGACUCCCAAACUGGUGUUUGUAUGAACUGUCGCGAUAAUACGUACGGUAACAACUGCGAACUGUGUCGUCCACCGUAUACUGGCAACGCGACUGUCGGUACACCGUACGAUUGUACGCUCAGCCGGCCCGAUCAAACGUUCGACUGUCGGGAGUGCGAUGUGCGCGGUUCUACUGGCAGCUGUCAACGAGGAUGCGAGUGCAAACGGCUCGUUGAGGGGCGCCGAUGUGAUGAGUGUCGUGAAGGUUCGUUCAAUCUGAACGCACGCUCCGACACUGGCUGUUUGGAGUGUUUCUGUUCCGGUGUGACGAAAGACUGCGCCACAGCGACAUUGUUCCGUGAAGAAUUGCCCGUGCUUAUUGAUGAGUUUGAUAACACGAUCACACUAACCGAUCGCGAUGGCAAGCUAAUGGAAAGCAGUAACUUCAACUUCAAUCCGAGCAUCAACGAGAUCAGUUACACGUUCCGUGAUCGUGAAACAUACUACUGGAGCUUACCUCACAUAGUGCUCGGUAAUCAGGUUCUAUCGUACGGUUCCAAUCUUACUCUCACGCAACACGUCGAAGGUGGCCGACCGCUACCAGAUCAGGACAUCAUACUGAUCGGUAAUGGUAUGAAGCUGUCAUGGUCUCGCGAUAACUACGACGACGGUACAUUCACCGUACCGCUGUUUGAGCGUAAAUGGACUGUGACUAAUCGCCGAAAUUCGUAUCCAGCAUCCAGAGCUGAUCUGAUGACAGUAUUAGCCAACCUGAACCACAUUUUGAUACGGGCAACCACAAAAGAAUCUACAAGGGUAUCCAAGUUGAGUGAUAUUGCACUCGGUACGGCAAUUCCCACACCAACAGCUUCGUUUGCUGAUGAGGUAGAAGAGUGUUACUGUCCAAAGGGUUAUCGUGGAACCAGUUGUGAGCAAUGCGAAGACCUGCACUAUCGGGACGUUUACGAUCGGUCGGCUGGGCUGCUGGGCGCCUGCAAACCCUGCCCAUGCAACCGUGAUAAUUCCGACUCCUGCCAGAUGGACAAUCGCGGUGUUGUAGUGUGCAAUUGUAGAGAAGGAUACAGUGGCGAGAAUUGUGACAACCCACCAACUACACACCAUCCAGCGAUUCGCCGACCGGCUAACAGUAGGCUUCCUACAAAAGUUAAAUGCGCAAACAAUGCCUUCCUACACACGGUAAAGAACAGUCUCUACGAUCUAUACCACAAGUGUGAUAAUGACGGUGUGGAGAUUGGUAUGCUGUACAAGAGCAAGCGUUCCAAUGAAGAAAUCGACACUCGCCCGACUAUGCCACCCCGAAACCCGGUGAUUGAAGUGGUCAUCAACGUACCUUCCAUCAAGAUCGUCGAGAUUGGUGACGAUUUCCGUGCGGACUGUAAGGCACAUCACAUCAUGACGAAGAACCCGAUCGACGUACAAUGGACCAGAAUGAAUGGUCGUAUGCCGGAUAGUGCCUACACAGACCGUGGAACGCUAGUCAUUACAAACAUCCAAAUUACCGAUGGUGGUUUGUACGUCUGUAAGGCGGGCAGUGGAGCUGAGGUAGUUUACAAGCAGGUCACAAUCAACGUCAGCAAACAAGAGCCCGUCAAACCGACGUUGGAAAUAUCGGCACCAGGACGAUAUAUCGAUCAGGACGAAUAUCAACCAGCGGAAGUACGCUGUACUGCUACCGGUUAUCCUACGCCCAGCAUCCGAUGGGAACGUGUCGAUCAACCGCUACCGUACAACAUUGUCAUCGAUGGUAGUUUGCUUCGAUUCAAUUCGCUGCGGCUGAACGAUGCCGGAACAUACCGUUGCGUUGCCAGUAACAAUGUCGGUGAAGAUGAUGGAUUACUCACGGUGUAUGUACGACCCGCCGUUGGACCGACAAUGGCUCCACCCUCAUCGCACGAAGUGGAACGCAUUGAAAUCACACCCAGCAGCUUCGAUGGACAGCCGGGUGAAAAGAUUCGUCUCGUGUGCCGUUGCUCACCGACCGCCCAGAUCGUCUGGACCAAGUUGGGUGAACCUCAGCUACCGUAUAACGUGAAUGUCAACAAUGAGAUACUCAUCAUCGAGCAUGCAUCGCAGGAAAAUACGGGUCGCUACAGCUGUACCGCGUACUUCCCGAACGGACGCGUCAAGACUUCAACCGUCGAUGUUAUGAUAACCGAUAAUAACUUGCCUCCAGAACCGAACAGGGUUGCUCCGCGAGUAAAUCCUCUCAACAAGAACUACGUCGUUAUGCAAGGUAGCGAUUUUUCGCUUUCCUGCGAAGCGACUGGCACUCCUUACCCAACGAUCAAAUGGACAUUGAGUGGCAAAACGUUCGAAAGUAACGUCCAGCAGAGUGGCAGCGUGUUGCGUAUUCUCAACGCACAGCCAAGCAACGGUGGCGUGUACAUCUGUGUGGCCAACAAUGAGGAGGGCAUGGAUCGUGCCUACACCGUUAUAGAAAUUGAUCGUCGAGAAAGGCCAGUUCUAGAAGUCUAUCCGAGUGAACCACAAUCGAUCAAGGUGGGCGAAUCGGUACGUCUUAGCUGUCGUGCUUCCGCUGGUGUACCGUACCCAACGAUCACCUGGGUCCGGAAGGAUCGUAUGCCAUUAUCGACUCGCUUCACCAACGAUGCAGAAGGUGUUAUAACUCUACGGGAAGCCGCACUGGAAGAUGCGGGCGAGUAUGAGUGCCGUGCGGAGAAUGUGGCCGGUACGGCCACGAUUGCUACCACAAUCGAAGUACUGCAACCACCGAUCAUUACACUGAAACCGAACGAAUAUUACAAGAUAACGGAGAAUGAUGACUUCACCAUUAACUGCUCGGCAACGGGCAAACCGGCACCGAUGGUCACACUGACACCGCCACGGGGUACAGUACGUUCUCACUUCGGUCAACAGACCGAAGGUUUGCGUGAGGUAACGCUGAAACUACACCGUGCCGAGCUGAACGAUGCUGGAACGUACGAAUGUACCGCCAAGAAUGCGGCCGGUGAAGAUUCGCAAUAUUUAACCCUCCAGGUCGACAUCAAGCGAGGUGACGUUGGUGGGUAUGACGAUGAUUAUGAUACGCCGUCUCGCGUACCAACGCAACCACCGCGCCAAAACAACCGUGACCCACAGUAUCCGAUCUACCACACGUACAAGGCGGUGCUGGGCGAAGAAUCGCACCUGUUGUGCCACGAGGAGUUGCGAAGCGCAAUGACCGAAUGGCGCCGUAGCGAUGGUCGUCCGCUUCCGUACGGUUCCAUCGUACGGGGUGGCAAUCUAACGAUUGAAAACACCGGUUACGAUGCGAACGGUAUGUACGAUUGUGUAACGUACACGGGUAUGUCUUCGCAACCGGUAACGGUGGUGCGCAUCAUGGUCGAUGUCGUUGCACCGCCCAAGAUCACCUUCAGCCCAACGAUGCCGAUGACAGUGCGACCGGGCGACAAGGUAGACAUCUACUGCAACAUAACCGGUGAUCAGCCGAUCGAGUCGCGCUGGCACGGUGAGCAAGGCUAUCCACUGCCACCAACGGUGCAGGUGUACGGAAACUAUCUGCGAUUCUCCAGCAUCGCACUGGAGGACGCCGGUCGAUACUACUGUAGCGCAUCGAACAAGCACGGCAACACCACAAAGGUUGCGGAAGUGAUCGUUAACAAAAAUGAGCUCAUGCCGGAACCUGCGACAUACGGUCAGCGUUACUACAACGUGGUGCAGGGUUCAUCGAUACGGUUGGAGUGUAAGCUGCCAUCUGAUGCACCAUACGUGAAUGUUAGGUACAACUGGAAUCGCCGGGAACAACGUUUACCACCGAAUGCUAGAAUUGCACCGUACGGCAAACAGAUGCAACUCAGCAAUGUGGCCAGAGAUGACGCUGGUACAUACGAGUGCAGUAUGACAUACCCGAACGGCACAGUCGUAUAUGAUUCCGUAGUACUAACUAUCACGGACGGCAUGACAAGCCGACCAACCAAUGUGCCGAGCCUCCGAAUAGAACCUUGUAUCGAAGUGCCCCCGUACUAUGCAAAGGUUAUCCACAUUAUCUACCUCAGCUGCGUGCGGGAUAGUACGCCGCGUGUACAUCGUGGCCGCAAGCGGAACGUAUCGCGGUUGGGACUAUCCGGUGGCACCAGGUCGUCCACCGUUAAGGAUGCUGCAUUGGCGGAUAAAGAUGUCAGUGUCGAUCGUCCGAAACGCCCACCAACGUACCUGUUCGCCCCCGAGUCACUGCCAAUUCUGCAGCUGGAACCAGCACGUUCCAUGGUACGGCCCGGUGAAUCGGUCGUAGUCGAUUGUAGCUCGUCCGCCGGCACGGAUGUUCCGAUCCGGUGGGAAAAAUCCGAUGGAACGCCACUACCGUACAACAUUCGUCAAGAAGGAAAUCGUCUCUACAUUCAAAAUGCCCGUGAAGAUGACACCGGUUCGUACACGUGCAUCUGUUACACCGACGAUGGGUUGCGUUACAUUACCGACUUCCAGCUAGAGGUGGAGGAAAACACAAUCCCGGAUGUAUUACCGCGUAGUACGUCACGGUUAGAGUUUGCUGAACGUGGUACGACGGUGAAGCUGCAGUGCAACACUGACCAAUAUCCAACGUCCUACCAAUGGACCCGUGAGAAUGGUGAAUUACCAUCCGAUCGAGAUACGCGCGGAUCCACACUGAUACUCCCGAAUGUACAAGCUUCGGAUGCCGGAAAGUACGUCUGUUCCGCGAAACACGGUGGCCAGUUGGUGAACGUCGUUACAACGCUGGUGGUCAACAACGUUAUCCCAUUCUUCCCACAGUCUCCACUAAGCUAUAUGGAAUUCAAAUCGUUCGAUAACGUGUACUCCAAGUUCUACUUUGAGAUUUCAUUCAAGCCAGAGAAAAUGAACGGUCUGAUAUUGUACGCAUCGCAGCGUCGCCCUAACCAAGAUUACAUUGCACUGUCCCUGCGCAACGGUUACCCACAGUUCCGCUUCAACUUUGAUGGCCAGCAGGUGGUAUUGCAACCAGAGAAACCAGUGCACAUGGGCAAAUGGCACACGGUGAAGGUGAACCGUGUUCGCAACAACGGAUUCCUACUUGUGGACGACCAAACACCGGUCAAUUUCCCCGAGAAACUUAAAUUCUACGGCCUUAAUCUGGACGAUCAUCUGUUCGUCGGCGGUGUGCCACAGUUUGACCAGGUGCCGGCAUCAGCAAUGGAGUUCAAGGAGGGCUUCGUGGGAUGUAUCAGCCGGCUGAAGCUGAACGACCGCGAGGUACAGCUAUACCAGGACGCACUGGAAACCGUCGGUAUCACGACGUGCGAACCGUGUGCCGAAGAUCCUUGCAACAAUGCAGGAACUUGUAUGGAAGCGCAAACUGCCCAAGGUUUUAGCUGUCUCUGCCGGGACGGAUUCACGGGACGGAACUGUCAGCAUGAGGGUGAUGGCUGUAGCAUGGAUACGUGCGGUGUUGGACGUUGCGAGGAAACGGACAGCGGAACGGAGUGCUACUGCCCAAUACACAAAACGGGCGAUCGGUGCCAGUACACGGAACACUACACGGACGCAACGCUUGCCUUUAAGGACGGAAGUUAUGCCGCUUACGACAAAUUCCAAUCAAAACGUAGCAUCCGCUUCCGAUUCAAACCAGACUCGUUGGAGAAUGGUAUUAUGUUCUAUGCGGCGGAACACGAACAGUCAUAUGGUGAUUUUAUGGCGGCAAUUCUUAACAACGGAUUCGUCGAGUUGCGCUACAGUGUGGCUGGAAAGAUGAAACCACUAAUUGUACGAUCGACUGUACCGAUUGAGGUUGGCCAAUGGCAUACGGUGUCGGCAGGACGAAGCAAGGCCGGUAUCGGAUAUCUGCAGGUAGAUGAUGAGCCUGUUCACAACGAAGUGUCCAACCGUAACACACCAAUUCUGCUGCAGACGAAGGUGUAUGCCGGCGGUUACGAUAAGCGGCUGCUCCUUAGCCAAGAAAUUGGAGUCCGCCGUGGAUUUGAGGGUUGUAUAGCUGAGCUCGAAACGUCCGGCAACAAGCUGAAUAUGAUUGAUGAUAUUCGGGACUCGGCAAACGUUUACCACUGUGGACAUGCAGGUGCUCCCCAGCCGUACCCUUCGGGCGACCAAAAUCCCGUCACAUGCCGUCCGGGACGUGGUGGUGACGAUUGUGAAACCAUCACCGAUAUCUGUCUCGAGCAGCGACCCUGUGAGAAUGGGGCCCUCUGUCAGACACAUCAGGGUGGUCAAAACUACACCUGCACCUGUCAGCCAGGCUAUCUGGGAUUGAGGUGUGAGGUGCAGUACAAUACGCUCGUAGCGUCCCGCUUCGCUGGCAAUGGUUUUAUCGAGAUAAAUCCGAAGGCGUUCAAGAACAACGAAAACCAGGUCACUACCGAGAUUGCGAUCAUGUUUAGCACGCAGGAACAGAACGGGCUGCUCAUUUGGUACGGACAGCGUAACGAUGAAGAGUUCCUGGGCCACGACUACAUCGCACUGGCCAUUCAGAGUGGAUUCGCCGAGCUAACGAUACGAAUGGAUGGACAGGAAUCGUACGUGCGCAACAGUGAUGUGUACGUCAGCGAUCAGGAACGGCAUGUCGCGCUGAUUCGUCGCGAGCGCAACCAGUUCCAUCUGCAGGUUGAUUCGCUGACGGUGCACGGUGAGACCCGUCCUACCGGAAAGCAGACAAUGGAUAUUCCUGGCAGCAUCUAUGUUGGCGGUGUGCCGGAUAUUGAACGUGUCACCGGUAAUCGGUUCAACGAGAGUUUCAAUGGAUGCGUGUUCAGCGUAGAAAACAUCGAGGAGAACCAAUCGAUCGAACUGCGCGACUAUGCCAUUCGCACCGUUAAUGUAGAUGUGUGCGACGAACCCGAUCUAGGACCGGAACCACCCGUUGUGUAAAACCCACAUUUCUUCCACAAACAAGAAGGAGCUGCUACUCGGACCCACAACGUGAACGACAGUUCUUCCACACGAUUAGUAAUGGUUCCGAAACUGUUCGCUCCUGGGUGCCGACACAUCGAGUGACAAAAUAACCAACGAUGCUUAAUGGAGAGCAGAAACAAAAAGGACAAAAGUGAACAGUAAAAUAACAUAUAAAACCAUGCAUACUAAAACUGUAUCGUAUACCUAGAAACGCAGCAAUAUGCACGAAGAGAAGAAAAAACGCGUACAGUAACGAACAACGAAUGUGCCAAAUAAUUGUAGUAUUUAUGUAAAAAAAAAAACAAAGAGGAAAUAAUCACGAAAGGCGUAAAGUUGACCAGGCGCUUGACAAGCGUUAAGAUUCGACAAGACAGCCAUAUGUUUGUUUAAAACAAAUUCUGAAACCUUUCCCCUCACAUACGAUGAUAAAACGCCCCGUGCACGUGCAGAGAAACCCGAACACGUGUACUAUAUUUUUGCACUGCCAACUUUCGGUUCACGUACGAUAUUAUGUUGUCUCUAAUAUGUUGUUUUAUAAUUACUUCACAGUUGUGAGUACGAUAGUGACCUACUCGUGUUGAAAACAUACUUCAAACCAGUCAAGAAAAAACAACUGCGCAACAAACGAUUGUGUUCAUUCGCUUAGAAUAAUUAUGCUUAUUUCGAAGCUCAAGAGAAACACAAGUGCACACAUACAUCGAUUUCGUUGGAUAUUAUAAUCUCAAAUUGUUAUUAUUCGCACACAUUGUAAUUUCUGCACAGCUUUUUGUUUUGUAUGUAAAGCCCGAAAAACGGUUCUCCCAUAAGCAAGAUGGAGGGAUAAUUUCUUUCAACUAACUGCCCUUUACGAUGGUCUUCAAUUCCUACUACUAAGUACUUUCGACGCGUUAAAAAGCUAGGAAAGCAGUUAGGAAAGGUGUUAUCAAACUUUAAUGAACAGAUAGAAACUAAAAAAAAACAAUACACAGCAAAGGCAGAGGAACAAAAGUAACUAAACUAUAAUUUGUCACUCGUUUACUUUCGUAUCAAUUAUGACAAUAAAAUGAAUAGUCAAUGUAAAACGA